AGAAGAGCUGAAGAGCACACAGACAGAGCAACGCGUGCAAACGACUUGAUCCAUCCACGCGCGCUCACAAACCCAACCGACAACAACGAUGUCGCUCGUGAGGCGCAGCAACGUGUUCGACCCCUUCGCCGACUUCUGGGACCCCUUCGACGUCUUCCGCUCCCUGGUCCCGUCCGUCGCGUCGUCGGACCGUGACACCGCCGCCUUCGCCAACGCGCGCGUCGACUGGAAGGAGACCCCCGAGGCGCACGUCUUCAAGGCCGACCUCCCCGGCGUCAAGAAGGAGGAGGUCAAGGUCGAGGUGGAGGACGGCAAUAUCCUGGUGAUCAGCGGCGAGCGCAGCAAGGAGAAGGAGGACAAGAACGACAAGUGGCACCGCGUCGAGCGCAGCAGCGGCAAGUUCCUCCGCCGCUUCCGCCUGCCGGAGGACGCCAAGACGGACCAGGUGAAGGCCGGCAUGGAGAACGGCGUGCUCACGGUCACCGUGCCCAAGGCAGAGGUGAAGAAGCCUGAGGUGAAGGCCAUCGAGAUCUCCGGGUAGGCAACCAUGCAUGGACAUGGGACGACGAUGAUGCUCCGGUUCUGGUCGUGAUUGGUUGAUGUGUGUGACAUGCAUGGUCUACUGCGUAUUUCUCUUGGUUGUGUCUGUGUAAUCGUCUGCAAUCCAUGUUCUCCCUGUGCGUCUUGAGCAUAUAUAAAAGUGAAUAAAGUAUCGUCUGCAUCAUUUAAAAG